AUGUCCAAUCCCAGCGAAAAUUCUCCUACAUCGAAUUAUUUAUGUCAAAAUUGCGGUACAAUAAAUACAAAUGGAGCAAUGUGCAUUCAGUGUCGAUCAGAAUUACUUGAAGAAAUUCCUGUAGAAAUUCACGAUAAUCAAUCGACAUCUGAUAAUACUCGACAAGAGCAAUUAUCAGAUAAUAAUCAACAAGUGUCUGUAAAUCAUGAAGUUCAAAAUCUAUUUAAUAAUACUAAUGAUAUACAAUUAUUUGGUAAUAUGUUAUUGAACAUGAUCAUGUCUCAGUCACAACCCGUUUUGCUACCACAACGUCCUCGUCGUGGUAGACCGCCACGACGUAUUAAACGUGUAGCACAUUCAUUACCAAGACGUCGAUAUAUUCCUGCUCUUGAUUUAUUUCCAUUGCAAGUUAUUAAUACUCAAACACCUCAUAUAUCACUAUUAGAUAUCGAUGGAUUACUGUCAGGACAACCAUCAAACAAUCAGCUUGAACCAAGCAUGACUCUUGUUCGGUCGCCAUUACAAUUCGUUGUUUUUGAUCAAAAUGCAGAAAAUUCGAAUCCAGAAGUGUUAAUACAAUUGUUAAAUGAAGAUAUCGGUACUAUACCUCUAAGAAGAAAUGAUAUUAAUCAGUUGCCUAUUUUAACUAUGACUCCAUCCAAUCUCUCGGUGAAUCCAUCGUGUGCUAUUUGUCUUGAAAAUUUCGAUCCACUCUCCGAAGUGAAACAACUGCCAAUAUGUCAUCAUGUAUUUCAUGUAAAUUGUUUAACAGAAUGGCUUCUUCGCCAUGCCAACUGUCCGAUGUGUCGAACAGCAAUAAUUCCAUCGAUUCAACGAACGCCAACAUCAAUAUUCAAUAAUUAUUGGAUGCAACAGUUAUUUUCCCGAUCAAUCAUACAACAACAACAACAACAAACGGAUGCACCUUCAAGUAAUAAUCUUGUUUCAUAUCCACCAGUUAAAACAACAAACUCAUUAGAAGCUCCAUUAAAUACAACAGAGCCUCAUCAUUCAUCAUCAUCAUCAUCAUCAUCAUCAUCUGACAUUCCUCAAUUACCACAUUUUGAUUCACAAACACACACUGAUCCCUCGUCAAAUAUAGAAUAA